GGUAGAUGUCCCAGAGACGUUUUGGAGACUCUUAGACCUAAACCUGUUUUAGUUUUACCACGCUCCUCAACAGAAUCCGGUUCGUUUGACUGAAUCAAAAGAACCUUCUCCUGCUUCCUGCCUGCUUCAGAGCUCUGCUGGCUUUGCUGAUGAUGAAGUGGUUCCUGUUCCUCGCUGCUUUCCUUCCCAUCACUCCCACUAUGACUGAGGUGGUGGCCUCAGUGUCUGAGUGUUCUGAGUUUCUUCUUGAGGGAAGUCCUCCACAGAUCCCAGGUAUCAUAGAGAACGGUGCCAUUAAGAACCAGAAUCGAUACAAACCCAUCUGCCAGACUUUCAACAACAAGAGAAGGUUUUUGACUGUCUACGACACCAAGAACAGGAUCCCAGUGUUUUCUGCAUACAAGUUUAAAGAGAUAACAUCUAAGAAAAAUCCAGAUAAUGAUUGGAAGAUCGAGCCACAGCUUUUAGUGGAUUUAAAGAAAAACAUGAUGACUGAAGAUGAAAUCUACACCACACAAGCCAUCAACCGGGAUUAUGAAAAUAGCGACAGGAAAGGCUAUGAUAGGGGUCAUUUAUAUCCAAAUUCUCAUGGAUCUGAGGAUGAUGACAAAGAAUCAACAUACACCCUGACAAACAUCGUUCCACAAGCAAAGGAAUUUAACAGUGGCAGCUGGAGUAAAAUGGAGAACUGUGUUAAAUGUGUGAUGGAAAAAGUCUGUAUCAGUAACGGUGUCCUUGAAGGAUUUGUAGUGGUUGGAGCGUAUCCCAGUACCAACAGUUUUUUAAAAGAAAGGGUAAAUAUUCCUACUCAGCUCUUGUCAGCAUUUUGCUGUUAUAAUUCCAUCAAGAAGAAGUGGCUUGCAGGUGCUCACUGGGCCCCCAACACUAAGGAAUCUGGAAACAUAAAUAUCCGCACAAAGACUGUGGAGGAAUUAAACAAAGAACUGAACAAACUACUGAGCACAAAGGCCUCUGCAUUUAAUGUGUUUCCUGGACAAAAAGAGUGUCUGAAGCCAACUGUUACUGAGUUUUCCCAAGAGUUACAGGGAUGUGGGUGCAAUUAGAAGAAAGAAAGAAAGAUAGACAGAUAGAUAGAUAGAUAGAUAGAACUAAUUAUUAUGACCAUGUUAUCUGCAUUGUUUCUUUCAAUUUCAUAUAAACUUUAAAUGGCUGGGAUCGAACCGGCAACCCUUAGGUUACAGGUCAACCACUCUACCCACUGAGUCCAGUAAAAGAGACUUCACAUUGAUUAUGUGCAUGAUCACUGCUUUGAGAAGCUUGAUUGUAAAACACAUUUUCUUCUUUCUGAAACUUGUGACUAAACUGUAAAGAACAGAUGAUCAGAUCAUCACAGAGCUGGAAAUUCAUCCUCAUGGUGGCAUCUGGUCAUUCUGCAUCUGCUUAGAAAUAAAUACACUUUGAACU